UUUGCGAUGAAUUUCGACCAGAUCCUCUCUGCCGUCGGAGGCUUUGGCAGAUACCAGAAGACUCUGUACGUAUGGAUUUGUUUACCCCAGGUCCUCCUCGCCUUCCACAUGAUGGUGAGCAUCUUCACCGGAGCCACGCCGCCGCACCAGUGCCGAGGCUCCAACUCGAGCUCAGUGGCCGGAGUUCGGUCCUCGGUCCCGGGGAGCCUGAACUUCAGCCUCCUGUACUCUCCAUGCUCCUCCACGGGCGUCCCGCUGCAGGACAACCGGACCGAGAGCGUUCCUUGUGACCGAGGAUGGGUGUACAGCCAGGACACUUUCCAGAGCACCACGGUCACUGAGUGGGACCUGGUGUGCGACAAAGCCGGACUGAACAGCCUGGGUUCGUCCAUCUACAUGUUUGGCCUGUUGGUGGGGUCUGUGUUUUUUGGAUCCAUGGCUGACAGGUACGGCCGACGUUUCGUCCUGCUGCUGUCCAUCGCUCUUCAGACUGUGUUUGGAGUUGCUGUUGCCUUCGCACCCAAUUUCCUCGUUUACGUGAUUCUUCGCUUCUUGGUUGGCACCACGAUAUCUGGAGUCAUCAUCAAUGCUUUUGUACUUGGUACUGAGUGGACUUGCACUAAGAGACGCAUGCUGGCCGGCAUCAUCACGGAUUAUGCUUUUGGCCUGGGCUACAUGCUGCUAGCAGGCUUGGCAUAUCUCAUACGAGACUGGAGAAAGCUGCAGCUGGCUAUAUCAGCCCCAGGCUUCCUCCUCAUCUUCUACAUAUGGGUGGUCCCUCACUCUGCCAGAUGGUUGUUGGCCAAUGACAGGAGAGAUGAAGCCAUCGCACUCCUCCGCAAGGCAGCGCUUGUUAAUGGUCGAGUUUUACACCCAGCCGCACAGGUUGAAAAGUGCGAACUCAUAGGUGGAGCUCAGCGAAGUUACUCAGCGUUGGAUCUCGUUCGAACCCCUCAGUUGAGAAAGAGAACUCUCAUCUUGUUCUACCUCUGGUUUGUCAACGUGCUGGUGUACUAUGGCCUUUCACUGGGCGUGUCCAGGUUAGGGACUGAUCUCUAUCUGAACCAGUUCAUGUUCGGGUUAGUUGAGGUUCCGGCUCGUACUCUGGUCCUGCUUGUCCUGCCCUACAGCCGCCGAAUCACACAAAGCUGCUUUCUGGCUAUUGGAGGCCUGGCCUGUCUGCUCAUGCUUGUUGUCCCUGCAGAUCAGCCCAAUGUCCUGAAUGGUCUCGCCAUGCUGGGAAAGUUUGGUAUAACUGCUUCCUUUGCUGUCAUUUACGUGUACACUGCUGAGAUAUUCCCCACUGUGAUACGGCAAACGGGAAUAGGUGUCUCCUGCAUGUUUGCCAGGGUGGGUGGUGUGUUAGCACCCAUCAUCAACAUGCUUCAUAGCCACAACCCCACAUUGCCUCUGGUUAUCUUCGGUAUCUCCCCGCUGCUGGGCGCCAUCCUGGCCCUGGCGCUGCCAGAGACUGCCGACAGACCUCUUCCUGACACAGUGGCGGACACAGAGAACUGGGACAUGAUGAGGUUGCCUCCUGCCAAGAACAACCCUGAGAAGUGUGAGCCUGUCAGCCAAUCAACCAGCAGCACAGAGGAGCAGGAGCUGCAGCAUUUAGCGAGGCUGGCCUGA